UAUGUUGAGCGCGAGACGCACAGGAUUCAGACACGCGUAAAGUAGCAGAGCACGCGUUUCACACAGAACUGUAUGGACUUGCAGUCGUUCGUUCCCAAUCGCACGAAGAGCACGAGAAAGGUGGACAUUAUAAACAAGGAGCCAUAGCAAUAAUUUGAAUCUUAAGAAAAUCACUUCAGAAUCGGGAUACACUUCCAAGCAGCACAACAUCCAAAGGCAACUCGGCUGACUAAGCAAGAGGUAGCGGCCGUUAUGCAGCACUAUGGAGUGAACGGCUACUCUCUCCACGCGAUGAACUCCCUGAGCGCAAUGUACAACCUGCACCAGCAGGCCGCGCAACAGGCGCAGCAUGCGCCAGACUACCGACCUUCAGUGCACGCGCUCACCCUCGCGGAGAGACUGGCUGACAUCAUUCUGGAGGCUCGCUACGGGUCCCAGCACCGCAAACAGCGCCGGAGCCGCACCGCGUUCACCGCACAGCAGCUCGAGGCACUGGAGAAGACCUUUCAGAAGACCCACUACCCCGACGUUGUGAUGCGCGAGCGCCUGGCCAUGUGCACUAACCUCCCCGAGGCCCGCGUGCAGGUGUGGUUCAAGAACCGCCGGGCCAAAUUCCGCAAGAAGCAGCGUAGCCUGCAGAAGGAGCAGCUCCAGAAACAGAAGGAGGCCAACCGAGAGGGAGGUGACGAGGAGGAGGCUCCCACCACCAUCACUCCAGAGAACCAGCUCCCCCCAUCCUCUUCCUCCUUGGAGGUUGAGGGUCCGCCCCGUCUGUUGGUGUCGGAAAUUAGCGUGGAGUUGAACGUGACCUCGGCGGAGCAGUCAGGCAGCGAGUCGGCCACAGAGGACAAUGCCACCGAUAAGGAGGAGGAGUCUAAUCCACAGAGGGAGGAGUUAAAGAGUGAAAGGGUGAUGACGCCCGGAAACGUCUCUCCACCCUGCAAACGACUUGGCCCCAAACCUGAAUCCCCUAUGGUCUCCCGGUCUGUGACGCCCUCGUCCAGUGGUGUCAGCGGUGGGAUCUCCCAGAGCCACUCCUACUCCUCCUCCCCGCUCAGCCUCUUCUGCCUGCAGGAGCAGUUCCGCCAGCACAUGGCUGCCACCAACAACAUGGCACUCUACCCUUCCUUCGACAUGGGCACCCCCCCAUCUCUGCCCUACCUGGGCAUGAAUGUCAACAUGUCUCCGGCGCCGCUGGGCUCCCUGCCCUGCCAAUCCUACUACCAGUCCCUGUCCCACCACGCAGCGCAGCAGGUGUGGAACAGUCCCCUGCUCCAGGCCUCCGGAGGGCUCCCCAGCCAAAACAGCAAGACCACCAGCAUCGAGAACCUCCGGAUGCGGGCCAAGCAGCAUGCGGCCUCCCUGGGACUGGACACGCUGCCUAACUAAGCCCCAGGAUCUUAGUGUGACCUAGCCGGGAGAUCGGUACUACAUCCCACCCAUCCCUUGUGUGUAACCUCCGUAGCCCUAUAGGAACCAUAGCCUCCAGCAGAUGGUUUCGGGGCAUUAGUAGCCAGAGUUCUGAAAAACCAAAAUGGCAAAUCACCCUGGACCGAGUUCUCUCCUGCUUCUUGCUUUAUCAGUUGCCUACCUUCUGGGAUUGCACAGGCUAUACACAGGAUCUCUAAAGCAGAGAAAAUACACUUCAUAUGUAUUUAACUGUCUAGUGUUGCACUUUGUGAUAAAGACUUUGCAAUGUAAUGUUUACAGAUAAAAUAUGAAUUUAGGCAGUUAAGGGAAUUUGGGUCUUCAAGGGGGGAAAUACAUUUGUGCCAGCAUUGGUGGCAUUGAGAGACUAUUUGUACCGUGGGGCCAUUACCAUUUCAAUUAGGUCAUGUAGGUACAUAGCACAUUCUAAAAAAGCAAGCACAUACAUAAAUAUAAACUCAAGCCAUGUUCUCCUCAAUUUCCUAAUUAGAAGUGACUAAUUUAUCAGUUUAAUGCCCAGUAUUAAAUCAUGUUGUACAGAGACUGGCUUGGUAAUGAGAAAAUAAUUUCAGUGACUAAAUGUGCAAAGCUUUUAAUUACAUUUUGCCCUGGGCAGAGGGGAGGGGAGCAUAUGCAAUUAUGAACAUGCAUACUAUUUAUGAUUCCCUAAUAUCCAAAGCUCUGAGCAGAAAAAAUGCCACCAAGGCAAACAAAUGAUUAGUGUCAAAACUCAAUGUGUCCUGCUGCACAAACAAGAUAAUGUAAUACAACACAAGGAGAUGCACACAUGGAGGAAUUAACCUGCAUAUUUCAUGUUUACACCUCUUUUCACCAUUUACCCCUUCUGAUGUAACUUGGUAAUAGCAUCCCUCCACAAACUGAAUAGGGGGCCUUUAGGGUUUGGGGUUGGGGGGGUGUUGUAAGUCUCCAGUACUUUCUGUUGUACUGUGGCCAAUCUUUAAACUCUUGUCAAUUAUGCACCUGUGAUUCUCUCUGUGCUGGGGUCCCAUCAAGUCCAUCCACUCCGAUAAUGUAAAUAAUUGUAAUAUGUAAAUUAAGAAGAAAAAUAAGUCUAUCUAUUAAUGUUUACUGAUAAGGCAAAUGUAAAGGUGUUCAUAUGUUGUUAAUUGAUCAUAAACUGUCCAAGUUGGCGAUUCCUAUAGUUGUCAGUUGUACAAUAGUAUUUAAACGGGUCACGCCUUUCCAUUACCUUCUAUUCCCGGGACCACUGAAGCUAUACUGUCUGGUAGUCUACAUAUGAGCUCCAUUACCUUCUAUUCCCGGGACUACUGAAGCUAUACUGUCUGGUAGUCUACAUAUGAGUUCCAUUACCUUCUAUUCCCGGGACUACUGAAGCUAUACUGUCUGGUAGUCUACAUAUGAGUUCCAUUACCUUCUAUUCCCGGGACUACUGAAGCUAUACUGUCUGGUAGUCUACAUAUGAGUUCCAUUACCUUCUAUUCCCGGGACUACUGAAGCUAUACUGUCUGGUAGUCUACAUAUGAGUUCCAUUACCUUCUAUUCCCGGGACUACUGAAGCUAUACUGUCUGGUAGUCUACAUAUGAGUUCCAUUACCUUCUAUUCCUGGGACUACUGAAGCUAUACUGUCUGGUAGUCUACAUAUGAGUUCCAUUACCUUCUAUUCCUCUGACUACUGAAGCUAUACUGUCUGGUAGUCUACAUAUGAGUUCCAUUACCUUCUAUUCCUGGGACUACUGAAGCUAUACUGUCUGGUAGUCUACAUAUGAGUUCCAUUACCUUCUAUUCCUGGGACUACUGAAGCUAUACUGUCUGGUAGUCUACAUAUGAGUUCCAUUACCUUCUAUUCCUGGGACUACUGAAGCUAUACUAUCUGGUAGUCUACAUAUGAGUUCCAUUACCUUCUAUUCCCGGGACUACUGAAGCUAUACUAUCUGGUAGUCUACAUAUGAGUUCCAUUACCUUCUAUUCCCGGGACUACUGAAGCUAUACUGUCUGGUAGUCUACAUAUGAGUUCCAUUACCUUCUAUUCCCGGGACUACUGAAGCUAUACUGUCUGGUAGUCUACAUAUGAGUUCCAUUACCUUCUAUUCCCGGGACUACUGAAGCUAUACUGUCUGGUAGUCUACAUAUGAGUUCCAUUACCUUCUAUUCCCGGGACUACUGAAGCUAUACUGUCUGGUAGUCUACAUAUGAGUUCCAUUACCUUCUAUUCCCGGGACUACUGAAGCUAUACUGUCUGGUAGUCUACAUAUGAGUUCCAUUACCUUCUAUUCCCGGGACUACUGAAGCUAUACUGUCUGGUAGUCUACAUAUGAGUUCCAUUACCUUCUAUUCCCGGGACUACUGAAGCUAUACUGUCUGGUAGUCUACAUAUGAGUUCCAUUACCUUCUAUUCCUGGGACUACUGAAGCUAUACUGUCUGGUAGUCUACAUAUGAGUUCCAUUACCUUCUAUUCCCGGGACUACUGAAGCUAUACUGUCUGGUAGUCUACAUAUGAGUUCCAUUACCUUCUAUUCCCGGGACUACUGAAGCUAUACUGUCUGGUAGUCUACAUAUGAGUUCCAUUACCUUCUAUUCCUGGGACUACUGAAGCUAUACUGUCUGGUAGUCUACAUAUGAGUUCCAUUACCUUCUAUUCCCGGGACUACUGAAGCUAUACUGUCUGGUAGUCUACAUAUGAGUUCCAUUACCUUCUAUUCCCGGGACUACUGAAGCUAUACUGUCUGGUAGUCUACAUAUGAGUUCCAUUACCUUCUAUUCCCGGGACUACUGAAGCUAUACUGUCUGGUAGUCUACAUAUGAGUUCCAUUACCUUCUAUUCCCGGGACUACUGAAGCUAUACUGUCUGGUAGUCUACAUAUGAGUUCCAUUACCUUCUAUUCCCGGGACUACUGAAGCUAUACUGUCUGGUAGUCUACAUAUGAGUUCCAUUACCUUCUAUUCCUGGGACUACUGAAGCUAUACUGUCUGGUAGUCUACAUAUGAGUUCCAUUGUGGCUGUGAUCAUAAAAGUUCUACUGUUUCCCUCCAGCCUGUCAUACUAACUGGUCCAGUGGUAGAUUUAAAAUGUUGGAGAGAAUAAUCUGGAAACCACAGGCAUUAUCAUUUUUUCUCUGUUAACAAUGUAAGUUUGAAAAGUGAUGUUGUAAAAUAAAUCCUAAAUAAAGCAAUGCUUGGUCUUUA